AUGCCUUUCACUUUCUCCCUCAAACAAAUCGUCGUUGGCGGGCUUCUUCUGUUUGCCUCCGCAGAAGCAGCUGUAAUCAGCAGUUCCCAUGCUCAGUACACGGUCGUCAACAAUUGUCCCGAUGCUAUUCUCGUGCGAAAUAACGACACCAACUCGACUCUCGCAGCUGGAUCCUCUAUCACUAAGACGCUUCCAAUCAACAACGCUGGCACAUUUGUAGGAAGCACUCCUGGGUUUGGUGCUAUAUCCGGUUUGAUUGCAGGAUUCCAAGCACCAAGUACCUACUACAUUGCCAAACUCAGCAGAACACCAGUCUUCUAUGGAGUCAGCAUCGCACCAAGCACAGUUCCCGCUACCCCUAAUAGCGAGGCACUGUGCAGUAAGGCCAGAUGUGAUAACGUAGACUGCGCCGACGCCUUGCCCAACCUCCUGCAGGAGUUGUCAACCCUACCUUUCCCGGACAUACAUGCCCUGGGAAUGAUGUAUCUUACACGAUUAUCUUCUGCCCAUCUGGAAAUUUUAACAACAACAAUCUAUAAGUUCCAGAAUGUAGUUGGGUGA